CUGUACCGCUUUGACCCGUAUGGGGACGACCAAAAGAUUCCACCCGUCCCAAGGGACCGUCUCCUCGCGAGGCUCUGGAAGCGACAGAGGCACUGGAUCGUCUCCUACCAUACUCAUGAUUCCCUAUUGAAGAACAAGGAAGAUGAGGAGUUGACCGAGGAGGAGAGGAAGGCUGCCUGGGAGGAAUUUGAGAAAGAGAAGAUUGCUCCCACGCAGACUGGCUUACCUACAUAUCAUCCCAAUGUGGAACCGACGGAUGACCUCCUUAGCCAUGCUGUGAUUCCAUUGCCUCUGCACGAGGAAGCUCAAAUGAGGUGGAAGACUAUGAUGGACAUCGUAAAGGAAGUGGAUAGAACUGUCCAGAAGCAUCAGGAGAAUGUUGAAGAAACGGAGACGACUUCGGAGAAGCACGAUGAUAAUUUUGAAAUGGAGACGGCUCCAAUGGCACGUGAAGUGGACGUAGGGGAAACGAAGAUUACUUCAGAGGAGCAUGCGGUCAAUAUGCGGAAAACGGAGAUGGCUUCGAAGGCACAUAAGGUGUAUAUGGAGGAUGCCGAAACGAAUGCCCUGGAGCAUAAGGAGGGUGUCGAGAACCGGGAGAUUGAAUCUAACCAUGUGGCGAACACGGGAGAAACAGAUAUGAUCGAGCAGCAACAUGAGGAGAAUAUAGGAAAGGUAGUGUGCGCUUUGCAGGAACGUAGGAAGCAAGUUGAAAAAACGGAGAUGGCAACAAUGGUGCGUGAAAUGAAUGUUCAAGAAACUGAGAUGACUUCGAAGGAGCAUAAGAAAAAUACCAAGAAAACAAGGGCGGAUACAGAGGUGAGUGAAGAGAAUCUCAAGGAGAUGAAGUUGUCUCGCAAUGACCACUUUCUC